AAUAAGAUGGCCGCGAGAUUCAUCUUAAUUUUAUGGUGUAUGCAUUUAUUAAAAUUUGUAGAUUGUAUAGAUUUAUCACAAUGUGAUGGUAUAUUACAAGAAUCGGAACCGGUGUUUAAACACGGUGAAUAUUGCUAUAUGUUUGAUACAGAUCAAUUGUACUGGGACCAGGCACAAGCUGCUUGUCGUAGUAGGGGAGGUAACCUCAUACAGCUUCUCGACUCCCAGACCCAACGCUUCACAAUGUCCACUGCUCACAGUAUUGGAUGGGGAAGAAAAGUGAUAUGGAUUGGUGCCUCUGAUAGAGUUAGAGAAGGUAACUGGGUCUGGGUUAAUGGUGAGAAAGUCGAUUAUAAAAAUUGGGCAAGAGGAGCACCAAAGAAAAGUCGUAAAAGAAGAUUUUUGUUGGAUGAUAUAUCAGAAGUUAUACCGGACUAUCCAGCUACAGUUAGUGAUUGUGUCGUCAUGGACAUCAAAAGACAUGGUCAAUGGUUGGAUAUGCCGUGUCAUUACAAAAACAUCAAACAUGAGUUUAUAUGCCAAUUUGAACUGAAACACCCGACCUCACCAACAACACAAACUACUGGCGCUUCCACCAGGAAAAAAAUCACCUUAACAACAACAACAGCUUUUGAAACAACAUCAAAGCUUCAUGAAACAGAUCAAACAACCGAAGAAAUAACAACAACUAAUUCUUCUGCUGAAUUUCAUAUAACAAUAAUUAGUUAUAACACAAGUUAUAACAUUAGUAAUGUUGUUAAUGAUACAUAUGAUAAUGACCGACAAAUUGAUAAUAACAACCAUGUUCAGAACAAUUUUAGAGAGAAAAUAGGUUUGAUAACAGGAUUAACCGUGCUAGGUGUAAUAGUUAUACUGGUUCUAUCCUCAGUUAUGGUUGUUCGUCGAAAAAUGAAAUCCAAACAGAAAAUAGAAUUAAAAGAUGUCAUAGCAUUUAAUAACACUGUUUAUAACAAUGGCGACGAAGCAUCUGACACCCCGGAAGAUCUAACCAAUACGGAAGUUCACAUAUAUCAUAUUCCUGAUGAAUUUAAUGAUAAAGAUGUUAUAACUAACGAACGUAUUGUUUCGUGA